UCAGUUGCCAUGGUGAAGACACGAACCAAAAAACGAAUCAGCUUUGUGACACAGAGAGCUGUAUUUCACUCUUUUAUCCUUCUGAAAUCAGACUAUCCGACAUUGCUUUAAGAAAUAAAAAAGGUGAAACAAAAAUGAACUAAGGCGAGUGAUUAACUAAGAAAAACACAGAAAACAAAAUCCCAACCCAAAACACCAGAGUUCUGACACUCAUCCAUGUCACCAAAGAUUAUGACAAAACAGGUUUCUGCGUGGGCAUGAUGAACCAGGCUUUGACUGAGCCGAAUUCUGGACAGUCAGCACAGGUCUAUGCUGAAGAUGACAAGCCUCCUCAGAAAGAUCCCUGCUCUGAAAAAGAGAAUGUCCAUGAAACCUGUUCUACUAUGAUUCCUGUUGGAGCAGGAAGUUGGGGUGAUAGCAGUUUGUCAUGGAUCAUUCCCCAUACUUAUCAACAAAUCAUCUCACCAGAUAUUCUAGACCCAUUCAGCUUCAGAUUUGAGUAUCCAUAUCAAGCCAUGCCGUGUCAGCUGACCUACCAAAACUACCACAUGGAAACCCAGAUGAACCAGAACCAACUCCCUGCUGAUCCUAGUCCUUCCUACAGCAGCCACCUCGACUCAGCCUCUACCAUUUGGUCGAAUAAGGAACCAGUUUUCUCCAAUGUAAGGGUGGAUUUAUACAAUCCUGUACCCAUGGAAAAUCUGCAGUUUCAGCAGCAACCUAAUGAAGUUGCAUCUCACAUCACUCAGACUGUGAUGUAUGACGUCGUUGGAGGUGGACAAGUAGUGCUAGUUACUCCCCCCGAGGCAGGACCCACAUAUCUGUCCCUGGAUUCUGCAGAAACACAUCAACACAAUAAAAUGGCCCCAGUUGCCAAUGUGUUAGAGACUUCCAAACAGCAUCCUGAAAACCAUCAGACAGCUUGUUCUCUAUAUGAGUGCAGAGUUCAGACAACCAACAUUCAGCCUCAGGCCUCUCUGCAGAGAUCUGUUGGAGGAUUGAUGGAGUUGAGAUCCAAGAAGCCCUGCCACUGUACAAGAUCAAGGUGCCUCAAACUCUACUGUGAGUGUUUCGCCAAUGGGGUGAUGUGCAGCAACUGUGACUGCUCUAACUGCCACAACAAUGAAGAGCAUGAAAUGAAGCGUCGUGAAGCAAUCAAGCUACGUAACCCUAAUGCCUUCAAGUCUAAGCUUGUUGAUUGGAAGACAGGAAAGGCCAAAAGUUGGAACAACAAAGGCUGCAACUGUAAACGUUCAGGGUGCCUGAAGAACUACUGUGAAUGCUAUGAGGCUAACAUCCAGUGUACUUCCAGCUGCAAAUGUAUUGGCUGUUUGAACCAUACAAACAACUCUCAAGUGGGCCCCAAUGGAGAUGGGGGAAGAGUGAGGAACAGAUGUUCUCAGUCAGUGUUGACCCCUGAACGGGUGGAGACUGUAUGCGGAUGUUUGCUGACUAAGGCAAGUGAGGCUGAGAAGGAGAACAAGUCACACACCGUGGCUCAGCAUUUGGUCCUGGCAGAGUUCGGACAUCAUCUCUCAGAAAUUGUCAAAGCCAUGUUCAACUACUGCCCACAGUAACACUUUCGCUAUGAAGGGCCAGAAAAACUCUGGAGCCCUGUGGUGAACUGACAACAUCUGCUUUAGCUACACAGUUAGCAUGUUUGAAUGUUCCACAGGCUGUUCUGUUGUUUUAAAUUGUUUCCUGACAUUUUGUGAAACUUUGAUGAAUUCUUCAGUUUGUUAUAUAACCCAAUAUAAAGUUACCCGCUAAUUUUUUUAUUUGUUGUAGUUGUAUUUAUAAUAAAAACAAUAUGUAAGAUAUAUGGUCCUGUUUAAUGGAUCAACCCUUAGCAUUCAUCAGCAUAACACAGUUAACCAAUGUAGCAUUAUAUAUGUUUUAAUCUUUAUUGUUCAGCUUACAUUUGUCAUGUAAACAUUGUAACUUUUUGAAUUUUUAGGUUUGCCUUGAUAAUUGACAAAUAUCAGACAAAUGAAAUAAAAUACUACACAUUGCUUUUCAACCAUUUGAAAUCAAUUGAGUAUUUUCUAAAAAGUCUUUGGGACUGCUAUUUUUAAGACAAUUGUAUACCUUUCUGUAAAACACAAUUUCUAUAUAGAGACAUAUAGUCACAGUCUUAACAACACUGGUGCUGUGAGAGUCAAAACUGUCACGUUGAAAGCUCUUAGGAGCAUAAAUGUACAUGGU